CAUCAUUUACUCAUCUGCCAUACCCGCAACAAGUAAAGCAACAUGAAAUACUUCAUCGUCCUCGCCUUGGCUUCAGUGGCGGCAUCAGCCCGUCUGGACGGCAACGUCUACCUGCCUCCUCACUCCAGGUCUUCUGGAGGUGCCAGCGCAGGCCUCCAAGCCCCCUUCUCUCAGGACCAAUCCCAGAAUUAUCAGGGACAGAGCCAGAACUACGCUCAGGGUCAGAACCAGAACUACGCUCAGGGUCAGAACCAGAAUCAAGCUGAAAUCCUGAAGUAUGAGAAUGAGAUCACCGAAGAUGGUUUUCAUUAUGCGUAUGAGACUAGCGACGGAACUAAGGCUGAACAAGAAGGCCGCGUGCUUCCCGGCGCGAAGCCCGAGGAAGGCUCCCUCCAGGUAUCAGGAUCGUACUCCUAUGUAGGUGAUGAUGGUCAGACCUACACCGUAACUUACACCGCCGACGAGAACGGCUUCCAGCCCCAGGGAGCUCAUUUGCCUACCCCUCCUCCCAUCCCUGAAGCCAUCUUGAAGAGUCUGCAGCUUACCGCUGGGAAUGGAGCUCAAUACAACAGCGGCAGGAGCAGCUACGACGCAGACAACGGUUAUUAAGCAGCAAAUAAUUAGUUAAUAUUACUAAAACCGCCAUUUUGUAUUUUUUUUUGUACUUAUUGUUUUAAAUGUGGCUGAGGUCAGGACGAAGAGGCCAGUAUGUGUUCAAAUUAGUCGUUACCUGUUAUUUUUUGUAUUAUAAAUCUUGUAAAUAAACAUACCUUUUAUAUAAAAAUA